AUGCUGCUGGACACUUUGCGUUCUAGAUCCAUUGCACGAGCUCUUAGCUUAAGCUUUGUUUUAUUGCAAAGUCUAUGUAAUGCAGGCAGCUUCGCAAUAGAUUCAGAUUUCGAUAUUCGUCCGCGGGCUGCUUUGGCCGAACGAGAUGUUUCUGCAACACCGUCCUGUGGGUUUUGGGUUACUACAGAUAACACCACAACUUGCGCGCAAAUUUUGACUACAUAUAAUCUGCAAGCGAGUGCCUUUGUCGCAUUGAACCCGUGGGAAGGUGUUUACGACAAGAGCACUACGGUCAAUACCACGGGUUGCGGUGGCGUCCUUGCAUACGAGACUUAUUGCGUAGCACCAGGGGUAUCGAACACAAUAUCUACAGAUGGAUCAUGUGGUCCUAAUAAUGGUAAUGCGGUCUGCCCUGGCUCACCAUUCGGUAACUGCUGUAGUGUUUCAGGAUGGUACGAAGAGAAACUGGAAUUGGAGCAUAUAGACCCUAACACGAAGCUGUUAAGUGCAUUCUGUGGCAUAGGUAAUUGUAUUGGAGGAAACUGCGUAAACGGUACUGGAUGGAGCACGGAUGGCAAGUGCGGAAUUAAGCCAUUGCAACCUAGAUGCGGAGGGCAGUUCGGUGUGUGUUGCUCGAAUGCAGGAUGGUGUGGCAAUGGAACUGAUUAUUGCGCCUGGGAUAACUGCGCUGCAGGUGCUUGCUCACCACCACCAUACACAUCCAUCAAACCUACAACAACCGCAGCGCAGCAAUGCCAAGCUGGGUCUUGCUGGACAUCUUUACCACCUACUGGCCCCGUUGAGGGAUCCACAACGACAACUACAACAACGAAAACGUCAACUUCUAUCAGUAGCACAAAAACCACGAGCACACCUGCCGCAACACCUACUUCCGUAGAUGGGUCUUGCGGGGGUACUAGUGGCUAUACUUGCGCUGGGACCACAUUCGGAAACUGCUGUUCUAGUUCGGGCUUUUGUGGGAAAACUGGUGUUUUCUGUGGAGAAGGAUGCCAAACGAAAUGGAGCUCUGGGUGUCAAACUACCAAUAUUAGCUCGAAUGGUGGUCGAUGCGGCGUAAUAUCUGGGUCUCCCACUUAUACUUGCGUUGGAGGUCAAUUCGAUAAUAUGUGUUGUUCAGGAAGUGGAUAUUGUGGAACUACUACGGGUCAUUGUGGAAGCGGUUGCCAACGCAACCACGGCCGCUGCACUUGA